CUUCGUGUUAAUAACUAAAUUAAUUUAAAAAAUAAAAUGUCUGACAACGAGGGAGAACAAGGUCCGAAAAGUACGUUUUCCACCUACAUGGCCAGAGCCGACCAGCUGUUUCAUAAAGGAGAAUAUAACAAAGCUAUUGAAAGUUAUUCGACGGCUCUGCUAUUACAACCGGGAGAUAGGAACUGUUUGGUUGCCAGAUCGAGGUGUUUUGUGAAAUUAGGGGAGGCUGAAAAUGCUCUAAAGGACGCAGAAGCUUCUCUUAAAGAUGACAAAAGCUUUUUCAAGGGAUUGUAUCAAAAGGCAGAGGCUCUGUACACCAUGGGGGACUUUGAGUUUGCACUGGUCUUCUACCAUCGAGGCCACAAACUACGACCAGAGCUGCAGGAGUUCAGACUUGGUAUACAGAAAGCUGAGGAAGCUAUCAACAACUCUGUGGGAAGUCCUUCAUCUGUAAAGCUGGAAAUUAAGGGUGAUCUGUCUUUCUUCCAUAAAGUAGAUGAGCGCAAAAAGGCAAGACCAAAGACAGCCAAGAGUGAGAGAACAGCUAAACAACUCCUAGGAGAGUUGUACACUGACAUAGAAUAUCUGGAAAAGCUGCUCAGAGAUGAAGAUCUAAUUAAAGGUAAGACACGUACUGGCGAGAGGCUACAGGAUGUAAUCACGAGCUGCAUCUCAUAUCUGGACACACGCACUGAGUUUUGGCGGCAGCAGAAACCUAUCUAUGCCCGCGAGUACGAUCGGAAGCUCCAACAGCAGCAGUGGAAUCGCAGGCGGAACCGUCCUCCCUCUGACCCCACGUUUUAUGUCCUCAAAAACCUGGAGGAGUUAGACUCAGACCUGACUUCAGGUAACACAGAGAAGAGUCUAAAGAAGGCCCGAGAGAUGCUGAAGACGGUGCAAGGCUGUUCUGACAAAACUCUGCCCAAUAAGGCAGAAGUGCUGGGAAACCUAUACAGCUACAUUGGUAAUGCACUGAUGGAUCUGGGAAACAUGGACAAAGCCCUGGAGAACCACUUUAAAGAUCUGGAGCUUGCUCAGCAAGGUAAAUUGAUGGACAGUAAAUCCAGGGCUCUGGACAACAUUGGCCGAGUGUUUGCACGCAUUGGCAAAUUUCAUCAAGCCAUAAAAUUCUGGGAAGAAAAGAUCCCUUUGGUACAAGGUGGGCUGGAGAGGGCCUGGCUGUUCCAUGAGAUUGGCCGCUGUUAUCUGGAACUGAAGCGAUUUACCAAGGCCAAGGACUAUGGCAUCCACUCACUCAGUGCUGCGAAUGACAUUGGUGAUGAGAAAUGGCAGCUCAAUGCCAGCGUGUUAGUGGCACAGGCCGAGUUGAAACUGGGUAACUAUAAGUCCAGUGUAGUACACUUUGAGAAAGCACUGGACCAGGCUAAACUGCUGCAGGACGACAGUGCCAGAGUUGCCAUCCAGAAGGCUCUUCAAGAGACAAGACAGCAAGUGGCCCAGUGAGAGCAGGCUGAUUCGGUUGGCAUUCCCCUUUUGAAAGAUGCUUCAUUGACAAGGAAAAUAUUUAAACUAAUGAGUCAUAUUCUCUGAUUGUACUUCUUUUGUAAUCUGUAAUCAUAUUCUCUGAUUGUGACUGUACUUGUCAGUUUUUAAAAGUGUAAACGUUAAGGAACAUCUACUCUAAGAUAUAUUCAUGACUAAUAAGGUACGAGUCGACAUGGAAACAAUUGCACAAUUAUUUUAGAAAAUGCCUGUGAUUAAGUUAGACUUCAAUUUAACUUAGAAUUUCUGAUGUGGUUAAUGAGUGAUGUAAGCAAAUUUUAUUCUCGCGUGUUGCAAUAUCUAGACUUGUGAGGGACGAUUGUGUAACCACAAAAUCGUAAGGAUCCGUCUAUUUGUGAGAGUUAUGCAACCUAAUGAGACGGUUUCAGCUUGUCUAUAUUCGUCCAUAAGAAGUCUGUUAAACCCUGAGUCUGCCUCUCUCACUGAACCUAGGGGUAGUACUUAUUUUGUGUCAGAUCAUACAAGAUGAUAAAAAUGAAAGUAAAGUAAUAAUAAAAUCAAUUUACUGAA